GAGAAGCCAGGUAACCCUACGGCUGCCGACGACUGUCAAAGGCUCCAGAGAGAGGACUGCGAGCCGGGACGCCUGGGUUUUUCCCGGCUUGCGACCCCGGGUGGCGCAGCCAGUUUACCUGAGGCCGUGCUGGCGGUGGGGUGGGGCCGGCCCUGACACCCGAGCUCAGUUUUCUCGGGACCUGGUUUACGCUAGGUGCUGUGGGUCGGCCCUGGGGCUGUUCAGGCACUCAGGGCAGGGGAGAGGAGAGACUACCGUCCUGGAGAAAACGGUUCCACGGAGGCCCAAGGAGAAACGGAAGGAUCCUCAUGUACAUAACUGAGCGGAAUGGAGCUGUGAGCACGCAUCAGGUCCUCGGCCAGCAGAGCCACGUUCCUUAUGAGCACCGCGGGUUUAUUUCAUUUUCCUACACCAUUGACCCGAAUAUGCCCGGCGCCAUGGGGACUCCGGCUUUGGGAGAAGCUGACGUUGUUAUCCCCAGGAAUAGCUGUCACUCCGGUCCAGAUGGCAGGCAAGAAGGACUACCCUGCACUGCUUUCCUUGGAUGAGAAUGAACUCGAAGAGCAGUUUGUCAAAGGACACGGCCCAGGGGGCCAGGCAACCAACAAAACCAGCAACUGCGUGGUGCUGAAGCACAUCCCCUCGGGCAUCGUUGUAAAGUGCCAUCAGACAAGAUCAGUUGAUCAGAACAGAAAGCUAGCUCGGAAAAUCCUACAAGAGAAAGUAGAUGUUUUCUACAAUGGCGAAAACAGUCCUGUUCACAAAGAAAAACUAGAAGCAGCGAAGAAAAAACAAGAAAGGAAAAAAAGAGCAAAGGAAACCCUGGAAAAAAAGAAGCUACUGAAAGAACUGUGGGAGUCAAGUAAAAAGGUCCACUGAGAAAAGAAUUACAGAUUCCAAAUUCCAAAUGACAGAAUCUGCCAGAAGCUCCCAGGGAAUAAUGGUUCCAUCACCAGCAUUAUUAUAGUGCUUCAAAAGAAAUAUUUUUGAUGAACUUAAAAGACAACAAAGUUAUUUAAAUGGUGCACUAAACUGUAGUGAACAGAGACGUGCACGAUUCAAGAAUAAAACUCGGCCGGGCGCAGUGGCUCACACUUGUAAUCCCAGCACUUUGGGAGGCUGAGGCGGGCGGAUCACGAGGUCAGGAGAUCGAGACCACGGUGAAACCCCAUCUCUACUAAAAAUACAAAAAAUUAGCUGGGCGUGGUGGCGGGCGCCUGUAGUCCCAGCUACUUGGAGAGGCUGAGGCAGGAGAAUGGCGUGAACCCGGGAGGCGGAGCUUGCAGUGAGCCGAGACUGCGCCAC